UGGAAGGGGGUGAAAGCGUCUGGACUGGAAGGGGGGGAAAGUGUCCGGACUGGAAGGGGGGGAAAGUGUCCGGACUGGAAGGGGGGGGGAAAGUGUCCGGACUGGAAGGGGGGGGGGAAAGUGUCCGGACUGGAAGGGGGGGGAAAGCGUCCGGACUGGAAGGGGGGGAAAGUGUCCGGACUGGAAGGGGGUGAAAGUGUCCGGACUGGAAGGGGGGGAAAGUGUCCGGACUGGAAGGGGGUGAAAGUGUCCAGACUGGAAGGGGUGAAAGUGUCCGGACUGGAAGGGGGGGAAAGUGUCCGGACUGGAAGGGGGUGAAAGUGUCCGGACUGGAAGGGGGGGAAAGUGUCCGGACUGGAAGGGGGUGAAAG